AUGAACAUGAUUUCUGCCAUUGAAGAGCUUAGUGGGCUAACUACUGGGGAACUUAGUGAGAUGCUCAAGGAGUCGGGGAGUUUUGUCUUGCAAUCCAAGGCAGAUGAUGGAGGUCCAAAGCAGGUGGACAUGGAAAAGCUUGUGUCAUCACUUCCUCUUCAUCUUCUUGCUGUAUGUUUGAAUCUCAGAAGAGGUUCAGAUUUAACAUAUGUGCUUCGUGGCAUGCGCUUUUUGCAUAGUUUAUCUGAGCUAGCAACUCGCCACAUUAAGCUGGAGCAGGUUUUUCUCGAUGAUGUGAAAUUAUCUGAACAAGUCAUGGAUCUGAUAUUCUUUGUGCUGUCCAUUCUUUCUGACUGGAAGAAGGAAAAUCAUCUUGGUGCUUCUCCCUUCAUACAUUCAUCACUUGUAGCAGCAAGUCUUCAUCUCUUGACAAGUUACUUUUCAUCUCAGUGGCAUGAACUUGUUCAUAUUCUUCUUGCACAUCCAAAGGUUGAUAUCUUUAUGGAUGUAGCCUUUGAUAGUCUGCAUGAAGAUACGAGGAUAUUGAGUGUCAGGCUAUCAGCAUUGAGCAGCAAAGACUUUCCUGUUGGUCCUUUUGACUCACAACUCACUUACUUCACAUGCCAACAGUGUGAAGUAUCAUUGCAAAUUCUUUUGUCGCUGUGCCAGCAGAAGUUGUUCCGAGAUCGUAUUUUAAAAAACAAGGAGCUGUGUAGAAAUGGAGGUAUGUUGUCACUCUCUCUUACUAUACUGAAGUUAGGCAUUCCAGAAUGUCUGAAAGGAUCAAUGGAUAUUGCGUCAUCCAUUUCCAGAUUGAAGGCUAAAAUCCUGUCUAUUUUGCUACAACUGUGUGAAGCUGAAAGUAUUUCUUACCUUGAUGAAGUUGCCACUUUACCAAAGAUCAUGCAACUAGGGCAAACCUUGGCACUGGAGGUUCUUAAUUUACUGAAGACCGCAAUUGGAAGAAAACAAAAACCCACUGCCAGUUCCCAUGAUAAGAGUUACCCCAUGGGUUCUGUGCUUAUCAAUGCAUUGCGUCUAGUUGAUGUCUUUUCUGAUGAUUCAAACUUCAGAUCGUCCUUCAUAACUAACACUAUUCCCUUUCUGACCCAAAUUUUUGCUACUCCUCAUGACAUUUUUGUCUCGAGUUGGUGUUCUGUCAAUCUUCCAGUGAUGGAAGAUGAUGCUAAUCUUGAUUAUGAUCCAUUUGGUGCAGCCGAGCUGGCACUGGCAGCUUCUUCAAAUAUGUUGACUGAAGCUAAAGCUAACUAUUCAUGCUCUUUUCGCUCUAUCAGCAUGCCUUCACUAGCAUAUGCACAGACAAGAACAGCGUGCGUGGUGAAAAUAAUAGCAAAUUUGCACGUCUUUGUUCCAAACAUAUGUGAAGAGCAAGAAAGAGAUCUUUUUCUUCAGAAAUUCCAGAAAUACUUGUUAUCGGAGAGUCCCAGCCGAUCAUUGGACUAUGCAGCAUGUAAUGAGGCCACUACAGUCUGUAAAAACUUGGGAGCUUUGUCCCAUUAUGCUAAAUCACUAAUUCCUAAUAACUUGUUGAAUGAGGAAGAUGUGCAAUUAUUAAGUGAAUUUGCUUAUAAGUUACAACUAUGGUGUAAAUCGCAAGGUGGACAGAGAACAUUUCAGAUGGCAAAAGGUGAUACAUCAUCGCAAGUGAACAAAGACUUGCAACUGGUGCAGCAGCCCCUGCCAACAAGGGUCACUAGUGUUCCAGAAUCCAAUGUGGAUAACCCUCCGAAGGUUGUGCAGAACAUCGAAGAGCCUACAGCAACACCCUCAAUGAAACAAGAGGGAAAUGCUAGGGAUGAGACUCCAAGAAGCCGUGUCAGUAUAAAUGGUGGGCUCCUGCAGAAUUCAUUUGGUCAAAACCUAAUCCAUCUUGGUGUUACAAGAACAACUAGUGCUGGCUAUCCGGGUGCCGGUACUGCUUCUAGCAUGGAACUCCCACGCUGCAAAAGUGCAGAUCAUUUCAAAACAGCAGAACCUACAAAAGAAAUUGGUCUCCGGGAUAAUGAUGAUAGGCAACCUAAGAGAAAGAAGCGGUCAAUUAUGAAUGAUGUACAAACAAAUGAAAUUGAGAAUGCUCUGGUUGUCGAGCCUGAGAUGCAUAAGAGUGCUACUUCACUUCAGACAUGGGCAGAGAAAUUGAGUGGACAGGGUUCAGAGAUAACAUCAUCACAACUAAAGAACUGGCUGACCAAUAGAAAAUAUAAGCAUGCUCGCCUUGUGAAAGAAAGAGGAGUCCCAUAUGAGAGUGAGAAUGCUGACAUGCCAUCUACACCAGCUACUUCCCACUUUGGUGACUCCUCAGAAAGUGCUGUCAAGGAGAGCUAUUUGCUACCUUCGAGGGUGCUGAAUGCUCUAGGCAUAUCCAAGGGCAACAGACUGGUGGCCCCAGACACCAAUGAUCCAACUACACAGGCAGAGUUCAAGCAAAACAUCAUGACGAGCCAUCCUUUUACAAGACCAUUAUCAUUUGAGACUGGUUGUUCUGUUUUGUUGAUUGACAACGAAGGGAAUGCAAUUGGCAGGGGGAAGAUCUUUCAAGUUGAGGGCGGGGCACAGAUCUGUACUAUCGAUGUCAUGGAGCUUAAGAUUGAGAAAUGGAGGGAGCUCCCUCACCCCUCCGAGACAUCUGGAAGAACGUUCCAAGAGGCAGAAUCGAGGCACGGUGGCGUGAUGAGGGUCGCGUGGGAUGUUGCCAGGCUUGCUCCUGUGGUGCCGUAUCCUGUGGUGCCAUAAGUUCAUUCUUUUUGCAGCAUGUAGGAAACGGACCUCCCAUCUGGGCAUUAACAAAGUACAGCGAUUAGAGAGAACCUUCAAUCUAGGAUAUGAAGCCAUGAAUCUUUGAAAGAGGCUUUUAUGGCAAGCGAGCUGCUCGAGUUAAUAGUGUUUCGUGAAAGCCUCAUUGCUAUCUGUCGACUGUUGUAUUCAUUGACCUCAUGCAGGAGAAAAUACACCCUUGUAGGGUACUAAUUCUGAUAUAUAUGUUCGUUGUCCGUUGAAACAAGUUCGACACUACCAU